CAAGCUAACAAUUUGUUCACAACCUUGAAAUACAGUACCCCACAUGCGAAUUUCACAAUCAUCAUAUUCCAAAAAAGGUUAAAGUUAAGAAAAAAGAAAAAAAAGUAAGAGAAUUGGCACUUGAUCUUCUGUGAAAUCAAAUGCUGAAGCUCUUUAGGGCCUAUCAGUGUUUCCUCGCCUUCUUCCUCGUCAUCUCUAUCGUUGUGUCCGUCUUCACAGGUAGUGCAUGACAUAUCCCUUCAGACUUCGAUUGCUAUUGUGACAUGAUGACACUUUUCACUUUGGACUGAGGUUAAUUUUCUUGAAGAUUAAAAUCUAGAAAAAAAGAUGGCAGCUGAGCUAGUCAAUGGUGCAACAAGCGAGAAACUAGCUGAAACUGAUUGGGCAAAAAAUAUUGAAAUCUGUGAGCUAGUUGCUCAUGAUAGAAGGCAAGCUAGAGAUGUUGUCAAAGCUAUAAAAAAGAGACUAGGAAGUAAACACCCUGAUACUCAACUUUAUUCUGUCAUGUUGCUGGAAAUGUUGAUGAACAAUAUUGGAGAGCAUAUUCAUGAGCAGGUGAUUGAUUCUGGAGUUAUUCCCAUUCUAGUAAAAAUUGUGAAGAGAAAGUCUGACUUGCCUGUGAGGGAGAGGAUCUUUCUCCUAUUAGAUGCCACACAAACAUCCCUUGGUGGUGCGUCUGGAAAGUUUCCACAGUAUUAUAAUGCAUAUUAUGAGUUGGUGAGUGCCGGAGUGCAGUUUUCUCAAAGGGAUCAAGUGGUCCAAUCGAACCAUCCUAGUUCACAACCUAGUAGGACUAAUAAUGUACCAAACAGGGAACAGGCUGCUCCUAGACAUGAAGCAGUUGCUCCGCAAGCUGAGUCCCAGACUGUCCCUGAAUCUAGCAUUAUUCAAAAGGCUAGCAAUGCAUUAGAAGUACUAAAAGAGGUCCUGGAUGCUGUUGAUGCUCAAAAUCCUCAGGGAGCAAGGGAUGAAUUCACCCUUGACCUUGUAGAACAAUGUUCUUUUCAAAAGCAAAGGGUUAUGCAUCUUGUGAUGGCUUCUCGAGAUGAAAGGAUAGUAUCUCGGGCAAUUGAAUUGAAUGAGCAACUUCAGAAAGUUCUCGCAAGACAUGAUGAUCUUCUUGCUGGCAGAGCUACAGCAACAGCAACUCGGUUCAACCAUGAGGAAGCAGAGGAAGAAGAGGAGCCUGAACAGUUAGUCCGAAGAUUACGUAAGGGAAAGGCUUGUGCAAGACCUGAAGAUGAGGAGACAGAAACCGACAACCCUCCCUUGGGUUUACUUGGGGAGAGACUCAAUCGUCCAUUAAUAAGACCACUCUCAAUAGAGACACAAUUUCGAGAUGCUGAAACUCGAUCUCCACCUGUUGUGAUCCUGCCAUCCCGUGAAGCCGACACUCGAUCUCCGCCUGUUGUGAUCCCACCACCACGGCCAAAACAGAAUGGCAAUGUUUCUAAUCAUGUGGCAAUUCCACCACCACCUGCAAAGCAUGUUGAGAGGGAGAAGUUUUUUCAGGAAAACAAGGAUGGCUCUAAUUUGUCUGGCCACAUGAGAGGCCUCUCCUUGCAUAGUCGUAAUGGCAGCAGCUCUCACAGUGGAAGCUUUGAUUUUAGUGAAUGAUCUCUUUACAACCGGCUCUUCAUAUUUUCUUUUCAUUUUUGUCUACAUUUGGAGUUGGUAUUAUUGAAAGCUGUUGUGAGGAAUUGGUGAUUUCUCAUUCAGUCUUGGUGAGUAAGGAGAUAGGAGGGAAACUAAAAGGGAAACAACAUCUGCUUCAGUUUACAAAUUACUUGUAAUUAUGUUAUCUGAUUAUGUGUCGUGACCUGAGGUUUGUGAGUUUCA